AUGCACUAUCUCAACCUGGACGUCCUCGCGCUUAUUUGCGACUCCACCUACGAUGUCUCGACCGUCUUUCACUUUUCACUCGCAUCGCACUCCUUUCGCGCUAUCGCUGUAAAACGGUUGCUCAGCAUGAGGCCCGUCGCCCUCAACAGCGAACGCUCUGUUCGUGCUUUCCACAAAUUUGUCUUCGUGGAUCCACGUUCUCGUCUUCCCUCUCUCCGAGCUCUCAACAUUGGUGUCCCUGGUCCACCGCCCAGGGGGCCGGUCGGCUUUGACGCACUUGAGCCCGACAAGGCUCCCGAAGAAGUCGUGCAGUUCAUACUGGACAUAAUAGGCCGCGUAACGCACCUCACGUCUCUCGCUCUGCCUCAGCCGCGGUGGACGCUCGCACAUCUUUCGGAUCCAAGGAUACCCGAAGCCAUCGCCCGGAUUUCCACCCUACGAGAGCUCGCAUUGAUAGAUUCUUGCUUGCGGGAACAGUGUCCUAUGGUCAAGAAAAUCAUCAAGACUACGCGUUCCGUCUCUACGCUGCGCGUCCUCCGCAUUUCGCUGGACUUAACGAUGCUCAUCCCCGGCCACCUCGUCCGGGGAGGUCAUGCGAUCAAAACCACAGCCCUCGACGCACUCCUCGGCCAUCUCGCGCCUACGCUUCAGGUUCUGCAUAUUAUCAGCUCACGGUGCUUGCAACUGGAUGCUAAAGGUGUGGAAUACCCUGCCUUACGGUCACUCAUAUGCACGGCGCACGUUGUCGGAGAACACGGGCGGGACGUAGACACAGAUAUACUGGUGUCUAAGUUUCCCGCGCUAGACGGGACAUUGCUUGUGCGCUUGUGGAAGCCUUACGACGAGACCGAGGAGGACGUGACAGAACUACGGCGCAUCCGGGCGUCGAACGAGGAGCGGCAGAAGAAGCGAUCUUGGAAGCACCUGGAUCGGGUUUUCGCUUCCAACGUGUUAUCUCUCUUCGCGAUGGGCCUCGCGUGUCCCGUGCGUUACCUCAUGGUGGAGAACCUCGCAAGCCAUACGAGGGACUACAUGGUGGAGAUUCUACGUGCCACGCCCCCGACCCAUCUCAAGCUCUCCGUCAAACUGUGCUAUGGCGCUGCCGUUUUUCAGGGUCUGUUCCCGCCGGAGGUCAUUCCCCGGCUCACACAUCUGGUGCUCCUGCUCGAGUAUGUCGAUGAGCCUGAGACCCUGGAGGAAGCCACGGUGGAGUGGAAACCGCUGCUCGCGGAGAUAAUCGACUCCAUACGCUCGCUGCGCCUCACACAUCUCCGCCUGUCCGUCCGUUACAAUAUCGACGAGAUCAGCAGGGGCGUAACACGCCGCAAGAGCUUCGUACAAGCUAUCGACAACAUCCACGGCGAACAGCUUGCCAGCGAGUUAAUGGAUGCUGCUCCUUCUCUGCAAUACGUCUUUGUGAGCGGCGGCGGUCGAUUCGAAGCCUGGCCGGACGACUACCCUGCAGGCGCUUCCACGGGGAAGCGUGUCCGCCCGGUCGUACACUCUGCAUGGAGGAAUAUGCGAAGCACGCUUCGGCAGUCCGCAAGCCCUAGGAAGAUCGACGAAGACGUGAUGAGGCGAAUCCUCCUGGACGAAGAACUCUCUCUAUCCGAGACGGACACGUUUUUGAACCCGGAUGUGUGCUGUGUGCCAGGAAAAUCUGGUCUUGCACAGAACGUCUUGACGAGGACGAAACCACAUCGUGGCUCCUUCCCGAAGCAUGCGAAGCCGCGCUGUGGUCCCUUCCGGAGUGUCGCGAACACAGUGAAGAGGACUGCGCCGUCUGUGCUUUAG